CAUGAAAGUAGCCGUAUUAGUGAUAUUGGUUCCAUGUCUGGUGGGAUUAUCUGUUGAGGAUUACCAAUUCCGAAAUGUAUCACUAGGGUGGUAUGCUAGAGUAGAUGAUUUGGUAGGCCGACUGACUUUAGAUGAAAUAACACUACAGAUGGCUAAAGGCGGUGCUGGUAUCAACGGCCCAGCUCCAGCCAUUCCAAGACUAGGUAUUGGACCAUAUCAAUGGGAUACAGAAUGUCUACAUGGUGAUGUUGGACACAAUGCCACAGCUUAUCCUCAAUCUAUUGGACUAGCAGCUAGUUUUAGCACAGAUCUGAUCACACGACUGGCUGAAGCUACAGCAGUUGAAGUCAGAGCUACUCAUAACGCAGCUGUUCAAAACGGGUCGUACAUACAGUAUACUGGAUUGAGUUGCUUUGCUCCAGUAAUAAAUAUUAUGAGAGAUCCAAGAUGGGGUCGCAAUCAGGAAACUUAUGGAGAAGAUCCUGUUCUUAAUGGUAUGUUAUCACAAGCUUAUAUUAAAGGUUUACAAGGAGAUCAUCCGAGAUAUGUUAGAGCUAGUGGUGGUUGUAAACAUUUUAAUGUUCAUGGUGGACCAGAUAAUAUUCCAGUUUGGCGAGGUGCAUUUAGUGCCAAUGAAUCGUCGGAAUGUGGAGAAAGCAUGACAGUGUACAACGGAAUAUUUGCUUAUCGAAGCAUUAUCGUUAUGCUUUCUGUUUGCUUCAGCAUCAAUGGAAUACCAGCCUGCGCCAAUAAAUUUCUAUUAACUGAUGUAUUAAGAAAAGAAUGGGGAUUUAAAGGUUAUGUGGUCAGUGAUCAAGAAGCUGUAGAACUGAUUAUGAAUGGACAUCAUUAUUUUAAUAAUAGUAUUGAUACAGUAGCAGGAGCUAUCAAUGCUGGAGUUAAUCUGGAAUUGGGAGGUCCAACGGAGAAAAAUCAAACUUUUAUGCACAUACCUGAUGCUGUAAAGGCUGGAAAACUUACAGAAGAUUUGGUACGAGAAAGAAUGAAACCAUUAUUUUAUACUAGAAUGAGGUUGGGAGAAUUUGAUCCACCGGAAAUGAAUCCCUACGCCUCAAUUACUACUGAUGUUAUUGAAGAAAAAUCUCACAGAGAUCUAGCUGUAGAAGCUGCUAUGAAAUCUUUUGUUUUGUUGAAAAAUGAUGGUGUUCUUCCACUCAAAAAGUCAAAAUAUGAUUCCAUUGCUAUUGUGGGACCAAUGGCGGACAAUGCGUUGAUGCAAAUUGGUAGUUAUUCCACUGUGCCGGAUCCGAGAUUUGUUACCACAGUUAGAAUGGGAUUGAAAUCUCUUGCUUCUGAAGUUAAUUAUGCUAGUGGAUGUCCAAAUACUUCCUGUACAACGUAUGAUGCAGCGGCAGUGAAAAAAGCAGUUUCAAAUGUAGACAUAGUCUUUAUCUGUAUUGGACUAGGUCCCUUGCUGGAAAAUGAAGAAAAUGAUAGACGGAACAUCGAGUUACCUGGAUACCAGCAGUUGCUCAUACUAGAUUCUAUUAUUAAUAGUGGCUCAGCGAAGGUUGUUUUAAUAACAUUUAAUGCUGGACCGGUCAAUAUUACAUGGGCUGAUAUGAAUCCAAGAGUAUCAGCAAUUAUAGCUGCUUUCUAUCCAGGACAAGCUACUGGUGUUGCUCUGAAGAAUGUUGUAACCAAUCCUGUUCCGUCAAUGUUUGGAAGGUUACCCUAUACAUGGUAUCAUACGGCACUACAGAUUCCAUCUAUGACCAAUUACACAAUGCAGGGCAGAACGUAUCGAUAUUUUAAAGGAGAACCAUUGUAUCCAUUUGGUUAUGGUUUAACUUAUACUAAAUUUGAAUAUUCUAAAUUAAAAGUACCAACUACAGUACAGGCUGAUGGUAUUACUAAUAUAUCAGUUACCGUUAGAAAUACCAUGAAUAUUGUUGGUGAUGAGGUAAAACUUUGUUUUGAAGUAAUGAUGCAGAUUGUUUGGAAGUGA